UUCGUUACCAUGUAACUUCUUCCACCUGCCCGCAUCCAUUUGAAAAGCUUGUUAAGCCGUCGACAGCAUACAAUCUUGAUACAUCCGUUGGUCUUGAUAAGCUACGUAAAUGGCUAUCGAGGAGGUCUGCCGCAUAUUCCAAGAGUACCUGCGGGAAAGCAUCCCGCAUCGGUUAAUCGCGAUAUCAAAGAUGGAGGUCGUAGAGCAGCAAUGGGUGGAGGAGUUAUAUAUGCCGUCUAUCAGGGCCGUGACGGAGAAAGAUAUAGAGCAACACACGUUCUACCUGAAUCAGAGAAGGGAUGAAGUGAUCAGAAACAUUGUGAAAGGCAUUGUCAGAUAUGCCAUUCUAUCUCACAGAUGGUGCCGCGAAGGAGAGGUGACGCUCCAGGAGAUGACAUCGGGUAGUACAAAGCUCGGGAAACCCUCGAGUUGUCACAAAUUGGCAAACUUCUGUCAGAAGGCAGCGGAGUACGGAUGUGGUUUUGCCUGGGCAGACACAUGCUGUAUCGAUAGGUCCAAUCCCUCUCCAGAAGAGCUCAAUAAAGCCAUGCCUCGGAUGUUCAGGUGGUACCGCAAUGCGCAUGUCUGCAUUGUAUACCUUGCGGAGUCACUCACAUUGGACGACUUCCUGUGCGACUCUUGGUUUUUACAAAGCUGGACUUUGCAAGAACUCCUCGCCCCAGUCAGAGUCAAAUUUUAUGGGCGAACGUGGAGACCGAUCAAUACACGAGCCGACAACGAUAAAGCUGACCGGAAGUUGCUGGCUGCGCUUUCCACUGGCACCGGAAUUCCGGUGCAAGACAUCCAGUGUUAUUGGGCGGGGACGGAGAGAGUGCGUGAGAAGCUGAUGUGGGCAUCUCGCCGGACUUCACGACUAGCAGAGGAUGGUGCUUACUCACUGUUGGCACUUUUCGACGUGCAUAUGAACGUGGAAUACGGAAUAGGAGACGAAGCAUUUGGUAGAUUGAUGGAAAUGCUUCUGCAAAGAAGCCAGGAGUGCGAUAUGCUUGCCUGGGCUGGAAUAGCAUCCACCAAAUACGUGUUCUUGCCACCAUCGGCACAGGGGUAUAGCGUUCAUUAUUUGGACGAAUCCUAUAAUCCCAGUCACGACCACUACGGAUUGCGAGGAGACCAGGAUAUGAGUGUCGUCGAUGGGCGGUUGAGAGUAAAGCUUUCUUGCAGAGUGGCUACCAUGCAUGUGCACUCUUGCCAAAGGGGCUGCCCUCCAAUGUGACGAUAAAUCAUGUGUCCAUUGUUUCCAGCAACAAUAUGCCUUGGCGUCCAUCCAAAUUGGCCCUCGGAGUUGUCGAUUACAGAUGGACAAGUGAUGAUGAGAAGGGACUCGUGGAAAAAGGCCGCACCCAUUUCUGCCUCCUCUUUGGAGCGGAUGAUACACAGACAAGUUGGCAGAAGCUAAUGACGGACAAAGUGGUCACCAUAAAGACAUUGGUAUCAUGAUUUUGAAUUUAAUCAGUCCCAGUCUAAGAAUGUCUAACAUUGACUAUUGAGAUUUCGUGAUAGUUCAGUUCCG